AGUAGUAGUAGUAGUAGUAGUAGUUGUUGUUGUUGGGAUAUCAAUGUUCUCUGGGAGAGUUUAUGGGCUAUCUCUUCUACUCGAUAUCAAGCCUCUAACUACGACUAAGAUCUUUAAUAAUAGACAAAGACCCUGUCUAGGCGACCCUGUCCAGGUAGACAGAAGAGAUGCCACGACUAUCUUCGCAAUGCGCCCUUCCGCUCCCGGGCCGGCUGAAGGCUCUCCCAUUGCCCGUGGUACAAAUCAUCGGGGCGCUGGUAUUCGCUAACAUGGUCAUCUGGGCGGCGGUCGGCGUAGUACUGCACUACUACCCAACCAUGAUCACUCCAGCAGUCCUAUCAUACACGCUAGGGCUACGACACGCCCUCGACGCCGACCACAUCAGCGCCAUCGACCUGAUGACCCGGCGGCUGAUCGCAUCAGGACAGCGUCCCGUGACCGUAGGCACGUUCUUCAGUCUGGGCCACUCCACCAUCGUCAUUGUUACCUGCAUCGUCGUGGCGGCCACGAGCGGCGCCCUACGCGACCGUUUCGACAACUUCCAGUACGUCGGCGGGAUCGUAGGCACUAGCGUCAGCGCUGCGUUCCUCCUCCUGCUGUGUCUUGGCAACGGCUGGGUCCUGUAUCGCCUUGUGUGCCGUCUCCGGUGUGUCCUCCGCGAGGCCGACCCGCAUCGCUCGGAGGAAGACGGAGCGGACGAGGAUCAGGCUGCGACUAACUUGCAGCUCGAGGGCGCUGGGUUUCUCGCUACUGUGUUCCGGAGGUUAUUUCGCAUUGUCGACCGGCCGUGGAAAAUGUAUCCUCUUGGUGUCUUGUUUGGACUCGGAUUCGACACAAGCUCUGAGAUCGCCAUCUUGGGCAUCGCGAGCAUCCAAGGAGCGCAAGGGACAAGUCUUUGGGUUAUUCUCAUAUUCCCGCUCUUGUUCACAGCGGGAAUGUGCAUGCUAGACACGACGGACGGAGCCCUCAUGAUGGCGCUAUACUCAUACAAGGCAUUCGCGCGUGAUACAGUCGCCAUCCUGUACUACUCAAUCGUACUGACGGGCAUCACGGUCGUCGUUUCAGCAUUCAUCGGCAUCAUCCAGGUCCUGUCGCUUGUGCAGCAUGUCGCCGAGCCCGAGGGCUCCUUCUGGGACGGCCUUGGAGAGAUUAGCGAUCACUUCGAGAUCAUCGGCGGUUCUAUCUGCGGACUAUUUCUCGUCGUCGGUGUCGGCUCCGUCCUUGCCUACGGACCCUGGAGGCGUAGGGUCGAGAGGAGGCGUCGCAUUGCUAGCGAGGCCCAGAGGUUACCGUCGGAUGAUGCUGACGGUGCAUUCCACGAUGUGGAUGGUUGAUUCGCUGGGACAUAUAUUAGUGAGAGGGUAUUCAUUACCGUUGGACGGUCGUGAUUUAUGCAGCUGAAACUACGCCGCAUGACGCUGUUAGAGCCUAUAGAGAUAGCACCCCUAUUGGGCAGCUUAGAGGAAGCGUAUACGUCGAUAAUAAUACCUACGCAAGUAGGGACGAGCUUUAUCGAACAAGCACAUGUCAUAUCAUACUAGUUAAAACUCUGCCAAUGUGAC